AUGUCCUCUGAAUAUACUGGGAAGCGGCAGCACGUUGCCAUUGUUGGCGGAGGCGCCGCAGGAAUGGCCUGUGCAGCGACACUGGCAAAGCAUCCAGACAGAUUCAAAAUCACGUUAAUCGAGAAGGAAGCAGUGGUUGGUGGCCAAGCAACUUCAAUCAACCUCGAUGCCGAACAGCAUGGCGCGUCAUGGAUGAACAAUGGCGUCCAGGGCGGCUCAGCUAUAUUUAAACACACCUUCAAUUUCUUCCGGCAAUAUGGUCACCCACCACAGGAAGUCCGCCUUCAGGUUUCCUUCGGGAAAGGAAAAGAUCGCUUCUGGACAAAUUGCUUUCCAAGCCCGCUGGUUAAGGAAUUUGGUUCUGAUAUCAAACGAUUCGGCACUUUCCUGAAAGUUAUCCAAUGGAGUCUACCUAUACUUGGAAUCGUCCCUAUAUCCAUCCUGCUCAGAGUCUUCCUGUUUAGCAAGGACUUUGGCGAUAAGAUGGUAUAUCCUCUCAUUGCAUUAUUUCUGGGCACCGGAAACCAAACUGCUUCCGUACCCUCAGGUAUUGUGGAACGACUAUUCAACGACCCCAACAUGAAGCUAUGGGACUACGAUCCGGAGACCCUUUUACCAAACUUGCCUACCAUGUAUACGUUUGACAAACUGAACGAUUUCUACUCGGCGUGGCGAGAGGAUCUGACCAACAAAGGCGUUUCUUUUGCCCUAGAGACUGAAGUGCAGGAAACUUUGUCUCGGUCGAAGAACAAUGUCGUUUUGAAAUUAGAAAACAUACACUCAAAAGAGAGCAGAGAGGAGAGCUUUGACAAAAUAGUAUUCUGCUCGCUUGCGGAUGAGACACUUCGGAUCCUCGGCAAGACAGCAACUUGGCGAGAGAGGUUCGUAUUAGGCGGUGCAUCUUUCUAUGACGAUAUUACCGUCACACACACAGACAGCACGUAUUUUGACGAACAUUACGAAACACGCUUCAAGUCAGAUCUUUGCGCCGAGCCGACAACUGAAGCACAACGAAAACAAAUUGCGUUCUCGAACCCGAGCGACUCGAAUUCAGAUGCCGGAUUUCGACCCAUGUACUAUACUUACACCUACAACAGCAACCCGAAACUGAUUGAAAUGUCAUUCAAUUGCACCAACUACCAGCACCAAUUUCGUCAAAACGACGCCAGCAAUGAAAACACACCAAAGUCUGUGUACCAAACAAUUUUCCUGAACAAAGAACGCAGAGACCUCUGGACUAUUGACAAGAUAGAUGAGAGUCAAAUCAUCAAGAAGAAUUGGUGGCAUCAGCUUGGGCAUCGAUGGAUUCAUUACCUGCGAGUCGUCCCAAAUAUGAUGUUCAUUCAAGGCAGAAAUAGUACCUGCUUUGCUGGAUCAUGGACGCUGGUCAACAUGCACGAAGUAGCCUGCGUGAGUGGAGUUGCCGCGGCGUAUCGCAUGGGCGCUGAUUAUGACCAAUUCGACAAUUUUGCGACAGACUUUUUUUCGAAGUACUUGCUUGUCUCACACGGGCUGGUCUUCUCUCGGCAGGAAAAGAAAAGAAGCAAGUCGAACCACUCUUCGCAGUAA